AGCUGACUGUACAGAUGAGGGUUAUAAAAAUGAGAACCAUUUCAGUAACAGCACACAGAAGACAACAUGUCUGAUUUCACAGGAGGAGAUGUUUACCAGAAAGAGUUUGAUCCAGAUGCAUAUCUACAUCAGUAUUUUGAGUAUGGGAAAAGGUCUAUGGGGAAUGAGUUUUCCAACUUUUCUCUUAAGCAGUUUGCUGAAAUAUUUACUUCAGGUAAAGUUAAAGGUAAAACCCUGAUUGAUAUUGGGACUGGUCCAACCAUCUACCAGCUUAUUUCCGCCUGUGAAGCAUUUGAUGAAAUCAUUGUUACGGAUUAUACUGAUAAAAAUCGAGAAGCCUUUGGAAAAUGGUUGGAGAAAAAACCUGGAGCACACGACUGGAGUGGAUUCAUAAAACGUGUGUGUGACCUUGAAGGAAAUAGAAAAAUACCAAGUGAGAAAGAAGGACAAUUAAGAAAAUCCAUAAAAAAAGUGCUGAAAUGUGAUGUACACAAAUGUAACCCCGUUGAUCCUGUUAUCGUUCCUCAGGCUGACUGUCUCUUGAGUGUAUUGUGUCUAGAAUCAGCUUCUCAGGACUAUGAUUCUUACUGUACAGCAAUAAAAAAUAUAACCACCAUGUUAAAGCCAGGGGGGCAUUUAGUCCUAGCAGGCAUUAUUGGUAAUAACUAUUAUAAAGUAGGGGAUGUUACUUUUUCUGCAUUGCACCUAAGUGAGGAAAUGAUUCAAGAUGCCCUAAAUAAAGCUGGAUAUCACAUUAAAUCAUUCCAGCUGUCAAAGAAAACCGAGGAGUCAGUUGAAGAUGGUGCAGAUUUUUUAGCUUACUUUGUAAUUGUUGCGCAUAUAAAAGCUCAGUAAAGUAUAUGUUUUAUAUGUAUAUAUAACAUAUGUCAGCAUUUAAGCACUGCAGUGCAAAAGGUCUGCAAACAAUAUAAUUACUAGAUUACAAUACUGAUUGCACUUGGCAUUUUACCUGAAGGAGUCAGUGUUGAUGAAUUUGCUUUUACAAAUGUAACCAAUGCUUGUGGCUGCUUAAACCUGAUCUAAACUUAACAGCAUUAACAUGCUAGCCAAAUGUACUUUUAUAUUACAAACUGUAUCACUUAAUCAGUCAGUUUUAGUAAUGCUGUUUAAAAUCUUGUGUAAACUGUUAUUGCAAACCAUAACAAUUCCCACCACAAAAAUGUCCUAACUACCAAACCCCCAAAGUAAUAAACCCCCUGACCAUUAAGACUCCCUGCUGCCAUAAGCACUCAAAAUAAACAGUAUUAUACCCUAAAAUCCAUAAUAUUCACCCCAACUACCUGAUAGUAAUUCCUAAACCUACAUAACCCCAACACAAAUUUCCCCUGCCAAGCCCACCAUAAACCCAUCUCAAAAUAUUUCCCUUUAUUAACCCCUAAAUACAAACCUACCCCGCAAAACCCCCUAACUAUUAUUAUCUUACUAAUUGACAAAGCCCCCCAAACGCAAAUCCCUCACUGCUAAAACUCCCUGAGGGGCCCCUCCACUACAAGGACCCCAUCACCAAGACUGACCAGGAACCCCUACAGUUAGAUGGGUUCACCCUAAGGGGUCGAUUUAUCAAGGGCCAAAUUUCCCCUGAUGCCCCUGUUUUCACCGGAAACAGCAGUUAUGAAGCAGCGGUCUUAAGACCGCUGCACCUUAACUCGUCUGCCGCCUCUGAAGCUGCGGACAUCAGUUCGGCCGAUCGUGUACAGUCGGAUUGAUUGCCACCCCCUGCUAGCACCAGAACUGCUUGUGCAAUGGUAAAUGCCGACGGUGUAUGCUGUCAGCAUUCAGCGAUGUCUGUCGGAUAUGACCCGCUGAGUGGAUCAAGUCGGACAGACAUUAGAUAAAUAGGCCCCUAUUACUCCUUACACCCCUAAAUCUUUUAAAUUACAAAAAAUGUAUAUUAAUAUGAAAAACAUUAAAAAAGGAGGUUGUAGAACUAUACAUUUGGCACAAGCAUUAUAAGCUGUCAUAUUGUUAUCAAAACUGACAAACUUAUAAAAGGCUUGUGUAAUUCAUGUUCCUCAUUUGCUGAAGCCAAUUAGUGACAAGUGUAAAUGAGCUUUUGGAGCGUUAAACACAUACAGUUGCAGGGUAAAAUAGCAUGCUGUAACAAAUACGGGCAUGUCAUUGCAUCACUAUACGUGCCCUUUAAUUAUUCAGGUAAACUUAUAUGCACAUAUAAUAAAUAUAUAUAAUAUGCAACUAUUAACUGGUAUUGCUUUUCAGUUUAGAAUUGUUUUUGCUCUCCGACAUAAGUUCAUGUAUGGACAUUUUAUGAGGAAUUUAUUUUAAGUUUGAUGUCCUUUAAUUACAUCUAAUAAAAAGCCGUGGGAACAUGCACGGAAUAAUCA